UUUUUAUGGAAAUACAUGCACAAGCAAUGGGACAUGCUCACAUCUUCCGCUCGUCAAGGUUUCAGCCGUUUUUCAAAUUUCUCUGCCGUUGGCCUGUGGAAUUUCAACAUAAGAGAAGCUGUAAACCAGGGACAGGCCCAAAAAGCCCUUCUUCUGUUCCGCCGAAUGAAACAAAUGGGGUUAGAACCCAACAAUUUGACAUUCCCCUUCGUUGCCAAAGCUUGCGGUAAGCUCUCAAGCCUUAAAUACUCCCAAAUCAUUCAUACCCAUGUCGUGAAAUCUCCGUUUUGGUCUGAUAUGUACGUUCAAACGGCUAUAGUUGACAUGUACAUCAAGUGCAAUCAUUUGAACUUUGCAUGUGUUGCGUUCGAAAAAAUGCCUCAACGGGACAUUGCUUCUUGGAACGCAAUGCUAGUGGGAUACGCUCAAAUGGGUCUAUUUGACAGAGCUUCAAUUUUUUUACAUGAGAUGAGACUUGAGGGUGUACGGCCCGACGCGGUCACGCUUAUAGCAUUGACCCAGUUGAUUACUCACAAAGAGAAUUUAGUUUCUGUAAAAGCUGUCCAUUGCUUUGGUGUUCAUGCUGGGAUAGAAACUGAUGUUUCUGUUGCUAACACUUGGAUUUCUACCUAUGCGAAAUGCGGCGACUUGUAUUCAGCUGAAAUGGUAUUUGAUGGGAUUGUUGGGGGUUUGAAGACCGUUGUCUCAUGGAAUUCUAUGAUUUUAGGAUACGCCUGUUUUCAGAAAUUUAUUAAUGCGGUUAAUGCCUACAAAAUGAUGCUUCAUGAUGGAUUUAGACCUGAUGCAAGCACUGCUCUUGGCUUGCUUGGCUCAUUUGUGCAGCCAGAGGCACUUUUUCAAGGCAAGCUGAUCCAUUGUCAUGGGAUAAAAAUGGGAUGGGACAUGGAUAUUUCUGUAGUUAAUACCCUUAUCUCUAUGUAUUGCAAGUGUGGAGAUAUCUAUUUUGCACGAUAUUUAUUUGAUAGCAUGUCAGAAAGAACUUGCAUCUCAUGUACUGCCAUGAUUGGGGGAUACGCUGAGAAAGGGGAUAUAGAUGAGGCAUUGGCUUUGUUCCAUGCUAUGGAAUCGGCUGGCAAGAAACCUGAUUUGGUUACUGUGGUGUCUCUAAUUUCAGGCUGUGGCCAAACGGGGGCGCUAGAGCUUGGAAAAUGGAUUGAAAAUUAUGCUGCUUCAAACGGGCUAAAACCUGACGUAAUGGUGUGCAAUGCAUUGAUAGAUAUGUAUGCAAAAUGCGGCAGUAUUAAUGAUGCUAAAGAGAUUUUUGACACCAUGCCAGAGAGGACUGUCGUCUCUUGGACAACCGUCAUCACUGGAUGUGCUUUGAAUGGAGAAUUCAGAGAAGCCUUGGAUCUUUUCUUUUUGAUGGUAGAACUAGGAUUGAAACCGAACCAUAUAACAUUCCUUUCUGUUCUUCAGGCUUGCGUUCAUGCAGGUUUUCUGGAAAAGGGAUGGGAAUGCUUUGAUUUGAUGACCAAAGUCUAUAAAGUAAAUCCUGGAUUAGACCAUUACUCAUGCAUGGUUGAUCUUCUUGGUCGUAGAGGACAGCUGAAAGAAGCACUUGAAUUUAUUCAAAAAAUGCCUGUCAAACCUGAUGCUGCCAUAUGGGGUGCAUUGCUUGGUGCUUGCAAAAUUCACCGUGACCUGGAGAUGGGUGAAUACGUAGCUCGUCAUCUUUUGGAAUUGGAGCCCCAGACUGCAGUUUCUUAUGUGGAAAUGGCCAAUAUAUAUGCAUCCGCAGGAAGGUGGGAUGGAGUUUCAAAAUUAAGAAAAAUGAUGAAGUCCAACAGGGUAAGAAAAUCUCCUGGGCGAAGCCUGGUGCGGCUGAAUGGGAAGUCUCAUCCAUUUACGGUUGAAGAUAGAUGUCAUCCUGAAGGACUUCUAAUUUUGGGUGUCCUAGAUUGUUUGGCUCUGCAGCUAAAAGUAGAGGAAGGAUUUGCAUCAUUUUUAGAGGGAAUACUGGAGUUUGAUUUUGGUUAAAAAUUCAUUAGCUGGGCCUAUUGGUUCGGUGACAGAAGGAUACUUCGCAAAAAACUUGACACCUUUAGGGCUCUGCAUCUGCACAGGAACUUCAAGCAUCUUAUAUUGGGAAAUGUACAUCAAACCACAAAAUUCUUACGGGAAUCCUCCAUAAAUUUCUGACUAUAUUUUCAGAUUUUUGGGGUGGACCAAUAUUCAACUUCAUAAAGCGGUGAAGAGAUAACCUCAUGUCUUCAACCACCAAAUUAUCUCCGACAAAAGGAAAAAUCAAGUGUUGGAAUUCGAUAUUAGAAUUAAAAAGAGGGGAAUGAACUGUAUCUGACACUUUAAUUUAUUCUGCAUUAGAUGCCUGUAACCUCUAAUUAUACUGCACUUUGAGCUAAGGCUCUGGGUUUCUUGGAAGCAUGAAACCAACAAAACUUUAUUUUCUUUCCCACCAGGGAGAGAAUUUGGGGAAAGGGGUUUGUUGGGGGCUUAACAUGUAAGUUUCAUGAUGGGAGAUGUUUGGAAUAUGUUGUUGUAAUUAUUUUUCCUCUUCCAUCUA